GUGUGAAUGACGUCAUUCUGUAUUUUGAUCAAAAUCCCAUCGUAUUUUUCUCAACAGUUGCGUUUAUUUAUCAAUUAAUUGUUUUCAUAUUCUGUAUAUUGUAACUCAUAUAUAUAUUCAGAUCAACAUUUUCAUGUAAGAACUCAAUUUUCUUCUUAAACCUAUUUGUUUCUAGACUCAUCCGCUCGUCGUACUACCUACUUAUAAUUUUUGUUCGUAGAUCGACACUGCACUAGGUGAAAAUGUCGGGUAAUAUACCACAAUGUCCUUCGAGCCUGAGGGCCAUCCAGCACUAUUUGAAGACAGCUGCGGAGCAUGAUAAUCGGGACCCCGUUGUUGGCUACUGGUGCAGACUGCAUGCACUGCAAAUUGGACUUAAAGUUACCAAUAAAACUCCAGAAGAAACAAAGUUUUUAAUAGCUUUGAUGGAGUGGCUGGAGGCUACAAAACAGACAUACAAGGAUAAUGAAGCAAUUACAAAUGAAGUGGUAGCGCAGGCUCACAUUGAAAACUAUGCCUUGAAACUCUUUUUAUAUGCUGAUAAUCUGGACAGGGAGCAAAACUAUGGAAGGAACAUAGUGAAGUCAUUCUACACUGCUGGCAUGAUCUAUGAUGUGUUGACUACAUUUGGUCAGCUGACAGACGAGGCAGCCCAGAACAGAAAGUAUGCUAAGUGGAAGGCUGCCUACUUACACAACUGCCUUAAGAAUGGAGAUACACCUGUACCAGGCCCAAUGCAGUCUGACAGUAAUCCAUCUCAAGCCGGAUCAGCGACACCGAGCAUCAAUGUCAAUCAGCCAUCCACUCCCACAAGCUUACCACAGGCGCCCGGGUUCGCGUCUAACGUCACUCCCGACCCUGCGACGCCUCCCAUUGUGCCUUCUUCGUUCAGCAAUAGUCUGCCUGACCCUAAUGCUGCUAUCAAAGCCGCGUCACAACUACCCCCUGUACCAUACACACCAGACCCCAAUCCUGGAGGCUUCGUCCCAUACGACCCGUCGCAACAACCCCAGCCGCCCACACCUCUGUAUGGAGAUAUGAAGGUACAAUUGACUCCUGAUCAGAUAGCUAAAGCACAAAAGUACUGCAAGUGGGCUAGCAGCGCCCUCAACUACGAUGACGUCAAGACUGCCAUCACAAACCUAAAGUACGGUUUGGAGUUGCUGCAGACUGGUCGUGAUCCCGCCUUGAACUAGUGUAGUCUGAUGGUAAAGUAUCUAUUCCAUGUAUAUUCUUAUUUGCUGAUUGUCGCAUCAUCCUGCACUUUUACCGUAUCAUUAUAAAAAUAAGCUAACAUUUGCAUUUACGAUAGAAUUAUAUUGAAUGUGGUCAAAUUACGAAAGCUAUUCCUUUUGUUCAGGCCUGUUUAGGAAGAUCUUGAAAUCAAAAACUAACAUAGUAUUAAAUUUUAUAAAAUAAGUUAUUUUUUUGGACUUGUUAUGUACAUAUUAAUAAUAUAGUCAAAAUAUGUAAGUAUAUGAAUGUUGUGGUUACUUUAUAGCAAUAUGUAAAGGAUAUCAAACAAGAAUUUAUUUUUAAUGCUUGUACCUAAAAGGAUUGUUAAUUUGUACAUAAUGUUAAUUUUUCUAUUCAUAAAAUACACUGCUUUAAUUUAUAAUAAGAUUUUCAUUUAUUAAUCAGUGUACAAGAUAUUACGAGUAAAUUAAACAAAAUA